UGCGACCUGGGGCCGUAUAAAUAGACAGAGACACGGCGGGGAUGGAGGGAGUUUGGUGUCGCUUCCGGUGGGCAUUGUAGGUUGCUUCCCCGUGCCGAGCAGGGAAAGAAAAAGGGAUUCAGCGUUAGGGUUUAGGCGCGUCGGCGGUUAGGAGAUGGUGGCCGACAAGGGGAAGAAAUCGAAGGUCGCGGAUCCCGGAGCCGAGGGGGCGGAACCCGAGCAGCACAUCGAUGGUGAGCUCGUCCUUUCCAUCGAGAAGCUCCAGGAGAUCCAAGACGAGCUCGAGAGGGUCAAUGAGGAAGCAAGUGAUAAAGUUUUUGAAGUGGAACAGAAAUACAAUGAGAUACGCAGACCUGUGUUUGUCAGGCGGGCUGAAAUUAUCCAACAUAUCCCUGACUUUUGGUUAACUGCGUUCUUGAGUCAUCCUGCUCUUGGUGAUCUACUAACUGAGAAGGACCAAGAGAUUUUCAAGUUCUUGCAUUCAUUAGAUGUCGAAGAUUUUAAGGAUGUGAAGACAGGCUAUUCAAUUACAUUUAACUUCUCCAAUAACCCAUACUUUGAGGACACAAAACUGACAAAGACAUAUUCAUUCAAUGAUGAAGGAACAACCAAUGUAACUGGUACGACAAUUAAGUGGAAGGACGGCAUGGAACAUAUUGCCAAUGGUGAUGCUCAUGAGAAGAAGGGGAACAAGCGACCCUUUGCCGAGGAGAGUUUCUUCAGUUGGUUCAGUGAAAAUCAGCAAAAGGACUUCUCAGAAGGAGUUAUGGAUGAGGUGGCCGAGAUAAUCAAGGAAGACUUGUGGCCCAAUCCUUUAAAAUACUUUAACAAUGAAGCUGAUGAGGAGGAUUUUGAUGGAGAUGAAGACGAUGACGAGGAAACUGAUGAGGAUGGUGAGCCAGAGGACGAUGAAGAUGAAGAAUGAGAUCCAAGCUGAAACCAACUCUAGUUGUGUGCACUUUGGCUUCUACAACUCUCUCAUAGGACAAGCAGGUCGAGGCUUAUAGGUAGUGAAGAGGUGGAAUGCUUUCUAGCUGUAGUCGCUUGAAGGAUUAUAGUACGAGGUCAAGAAUUGUACUGGUAGCUGUCACUCAUAUUCAACUCAACUCUUUUAGGACCCAUGAUUUUUGUAGCAAUUUCACAUGAUAUUUUUCUUAAUCUGUUCAAUCAUAUAUUAUCACUCAA